AUGGGCCCACUGUUGAAUGGGGCAGGGACCCUGGUGACCAAGGACAUGGAGAAGGCCGAGGAACUCAAUGCCUUCUUUGCCUUGGUCUUUGUCGUGCUCCGACGGCGGCUCCCGCGGGCGGCUGCGGGUGAAGCCGGCACCGGCAAAGUAAAACUUCAGCCGCAUCCCACUUGUUCGCUGAGCGAGUUGGUGAGUCCGGGCUCAGCUCGGUGCUGGGAAAAACGCGUCGUCCCCGUCCCCACCCCCCACCCCCGCUCCCGCAGGGGGGCGGCGGGGCCGGACCGGGCCGGGGGGCAGCCCGGGGCAGCCGGCUGGCGGGGGAGCCUGCGCCCCGAGGAGGGGCGGCGGUGCGGGCUGCCGCCCGCCGCAACCAGCUCCCCGCAGCGCCGGCACCUCCCCGCCGCGGUGCCUGCCCGUCCCCGCUCGCUCGCCAGUUGCUGCUGGGAGAGGAGGCUGGAGUUUCGCUGGCGGGCGGCUGCGGCGCUGAUGGCCGCUUUGGAAGAGCCUGGUCCAGCAGUUGGUGGUAACGUGGGGGCACUGCUCGGCGUGCUGGUACUUUUUCUCCGUGCUGCCCGCGCGGUGGGGCAUCCUGCACGGCACCGGCUGGUGCCUCUGCAGCCCUCGGGAGUGGGAUUGGGCCCACGCGUGGGAUGGUGCCGGGCAGCUGCUCAAGUCCCAGAAGUUGGAAACGUGCAUUCAUUGAUGGAAAUUGUACCAGUGCAGCUGUGCAUCUUCAGAAUGUUUCUUAAUGAACAUAUUGUACCUCAGUUUCACUGUUUGGGUUUUUUUUUCCUAACCUUGUUUUUUUUAUUCACUCACCAUAGAGCUGAUAAAGCAGAUGAUGAGGACGAUGAAGAUCUAACGGUGAAUAAAACAUGGGUCCUUGCACCAAAGAUUCAUGGUGGGGAUGUAACUCACAUACUGGACUCCUUACUUCAAGGAUAUGACAAUAAGCUUCGGCCAGAUAUUGGGGUGAGAACUACGGUAAUUGAAACAGAUGUCUAUGUUAACAGCAUUGGCCCAGUUGACCCAAUCAAUAUGGAAUACACUAUAGAUAUAAUUUUUGCCCAGACUUGGUAUGACAGUCGUCUAAAAUUUAACAGCUCAAUGAAGGUGCUUAUGCUUAAUAGCAAUAUGGUUGGAAAAAUUUGGAUUCCAGACACUUUCUUCCGGAACUCAAGGAAAUCUGAUGCUCACUGGAUUACAACUCCAAAUCGUUUGCUUCGAAUCUGGAGUGAUGGAAGAGUAUUAUACACUCUAAGGCUGACAAUUAACGCUGAAUGUUAUCUUCAGCUUCAUAACUUUCCUAUGGAUGAACACUCUUGUCCACUGGAGUUUUCAAGCUAUGGAUAUCCCAGAAAUGAAAUUGAAUACAAAUGGAAGAAAACCUCUGUUGAAGUGGCAGAUCCAAAAUACUGGAGAUUGUAUCAGUUUGCAUUUGUAGGGUUACGAAACACAACUGAAAUUUCUCAUACGUUAUCUGGUGAUUAUAUUAUUAUGACAAUCUUCUUUGAUCUCAGCAGACGUAUGGGAUAUUUUACUAUUCAGACAUACAUUCCUUGUAUACUCACAGUUGUUCUUUCAUGGGUGUCGUUUUGGAUCAAUAAGGAUGCAGUUCCUGCAAGGACUUCUCUGGGCAUUACAACGGUGCUGACCAUGACAACGUUGAGUACAAUUGCUAGGAAGUCACUCCCGAAGGUUUCCUAUGUGACAGCAAUGGACCUUUUUGUUUCAGUUUGCUUCAUUUUUGUGUUUGCUGCCUUGAUGGAAUAUGGCACCUUGCAUUACUUUACCAGCAACAGAAAAGGGGACAAAGGAAAAGAAAAGAAGGCAAAAUCUAAGCCAUCAAAACCACCUGCAAUUGCUGUUCGACCUGGAUCAACACUAAUUCCAAUUAAUAACAUUAAUCAUCUCCCUGAACGUGAUGAUGAUUAUGGAUAUGAGUGCCUAGAAGGGAAAGACUGUGCUAGCUUCUUUUGUUGUUUUGAAGACUGCCGCACAGGAUCUUGGAGAGAAGGAAGAAUACACAUCCGUAUUGCAAAAAUUGACUCCUAUUCUCGAAUCUUCUUUCCAACUGCCUUUGCAUUGUUCAAUCUUGUUUACUGGAUUGGCUAUCUUUAUCUAUAA